GCCGGUGGCGCAGCCCGCGUAGCUGCUAGGCGCCGGCGGAGGCGGCUUGACCGCACUAGGCACCCCCGGGCAUUGGGCUCAGAGAGCGGCGCAGCGGCAGCUUUCCAGCUGGCCAUGGCGAGGGGUGCACGGCUACCACCUGAGUGGCGCAGCGGUGUCAGGUUCUUAAUCAAGCACCAACUCCAUGGAUCCAGGACAGGUUUGCCCCAUGGCCCAUUCUGAACAGUGUGCUGUCUGAGACAAGAUUCCAUUGGCAAACCAUCUAUUGCCUUACCGAGCAAGCAAAGAAGAUGGAUCUAUUGAAGAGCCAUCUGACUUUGUGCUUUCUACCUUCUGUGCCCUUUUUAAUCCUCAUGUCCACUCUAGCAACUGCUGAGAGUGUGACUAACAGCACUUUAAAUGGCACUGACGUGGUCUUGGGCUCUGUGCCCGUAAUCAUCACCAGAACCGACCAUAUCAUAGUCAAGGAAGGGAACAGUGCCUUGAUUAAUUGUAGUGUUUAUGGCAACCCUGAACUGCAAUUUAAGUGGUAUAACUCCAUUGGCAAGCUGCUGAAAGAAGAAGAGGAUGAGAAGGAGAAAGGAGGAGGAAAGUGGCAGAUGCUCAGUGGUGGCCUCCUGAACAUCACCAAGGUGUCCUUCUCAGACCGCGGAAAAUACACAUGUGUGGCUUCUAACAUCUACGGCACUGUGAACAACACGGUGACCCUGAGAGUCAUCUUUACCUCUGGAGACAUGGGCGUCUACUACAUGGUUGUCUGCCUCGUGGCCUUCACCAUCGUCAUGAUCCUCAACAUCACCCGCCUGUGCAUGAUGAGCAGCCACCUGAAGAAGACGGAGAAAGCCAUCAACGAGUUCUUUAGGACAGAAGGUGCAGAGAAGCUGCAGAAGGCAUUUGAGAUCGCCAAGCGGAUCCCCAUCAUCACCUCAGCCAAAACCCUAGAGCUUGCCAAAGUCACCCAGUUCAAAACCAUGGAGUUCGCCCGUUACAUCGAAGAGCUCGCCAGGAGUGUGCCUCUGCCUCCUCUCAUCAUGAACUGCAGGACCAUCAUGGAGGAAAUCAUGGAAGUGGUUGGGCUGGAGGAGCAGGGACAGAAUUUUGUAAGGCACACACCAGAAGGCCAGGAGGCCACCGACAGGGAUGAGGUGUACACGAUCCCCAACUCUCUGAAGCGGAGUGACUCUCCCACUGCUGACUCGGACGCCUCCUCGCUGCACGAACAACCUCAGCAGAUUGCCAUCAAGGUGUCUGUUCACCCCCAGUCCAAAAAGGAUCACGUGGACGACCAAGAGGGGGUGCAGUUUGAGGUCAGAGAUGAAGAGGAGACAGAACCCUCAGCCGAGCGUUCCCCGGAGACUGCAGAGCCUUCUACAGAUAUAACAUCCACCGAGCUCACAUCCGAAGAGCCGACACCCGUGGAGGUGUCAGACCGAGACCUGCCACCAGCUCACCUGGAAGUAACAGAGCCAGCAGUGACACAUGACAAAAACACCUGCAUUAUUUAUGAAAGCCAUGUCUAAUAGCAACUCCGAAAAGCUAUGCAUAUCGAGAAAAUCAGGGGCUGCUCCUUGUAACACAGAUGUAGUAAGCACUUGCCGCUAAGCCUUACCAGGAGACUCAUCCCUGUAGGUAGGAGUGAGACCAUUGGAAAAGGGGAAACAGCUGCGCACAGGUUACGUGACUGGAACCUCCUCCGUAGAAAGGAUGCGACAAAGAUCAGGGUGCAGAAUUUAUAGUGUCACACAGAAGGUAUCCGUCCUUGUGAUAUGAAUUUUAGAAUUGGCCAUUUUCUGCCAAACCCCUUAAUUGGUGAUGCCCUUCUGGCAAAGAGUACACUACUGUUAAGAUAUUCCUGAGUUCAAGAGCUCUGUCCAAUGCAUCAGCAUUGCUUUUCUUUUUAAAAAUUAUAGGUCUGCUACAAUAGCAAACGCACGUACAUGGGUUUGUUGCACUUUCUUCUCAGUUUUAUUUAUGUUCACUGUUCCUUUAUAACAGAGUAGUUGAUAUUAUAUUAAUACUAAUUGCUCUUUCUGAUGGAGUCCUCUUUAUCACCUUCAUUUUUAUUUUUCUCCGGAAAGGUUUACCUCAGAGGCUUUGGUAUCAGUCACCCAUUCCAGGGCUGAUAUCUACAAGUCAUUUGUAAUGUUCCAAAGUAGUUGCUAGGAUCAUUUUUUUUUUCAUUCCCCAGGUCUGUUUUCAUACUUUGCUUUUGUUUGUUUGUUUCCAAUGAAGCUGCUCUAAUGAAACUGAGAAAUACUUUGCCCCAGAAUCGCACUUUAAUAGUCAAAUAAAAAAUGUGUUUACCUGUCCAA